AUGGAAUGAUGGCCUAUGUGUAUUGUAGAUCACUGCCUCUCCAGUCCCUGUAAGAACGGCGGAGUGUGCGGGUCCGCACAGGGGACGUACGUUUGUACAUGUACGGCUCUGUUUACUGGGUUGUCCUGCGAAAAGGGCCCGUGUCCACCUACCACGCCCCCUCACUGUAACAAUGGCGGAUACUGUUACAUCGAUGGAGCUAACAAGAAUUGUUUCUGCAAACUUGGAUUUUCUGGACCAACAUGCACGGAUAAAUCCAAGGAUACAGUCGUGAAUCCACAGGCUAACGGGGGCAAAUUCAAGGACGGGGCCUUCCCGAAAGAAGUGAAGUGUUACGUAGGCUAUCCAUGUAAAAUACCAACAACACUAAUAGGUGAUCCAGGGACCAGUCCCGUGCUGAGCCCUGGAUACGUAAGUGGGGACCUGGGUGUACAGGGGACGACGGUCACCAAGGACCCUUCCUCAGCAAGCGAUUACCAUGCUGCUGUAGAAGUGGUCAGUAAGACCAGCGGUCAUCACCAAAUAUGUAUCCAAAGUAGUAAUCCAGCAGGCCAAAGUGCCGAUGAAGUGUGUGUUACGGUAAAUGCAGUCAGUGGACAAUUACACCUGCCCAGCAAGUCACAUGCCUAUUAUGUUGACCCUACGUUACCGGGUGGCUCCUCUGUCGAGUGUGAGAUCAGUAAACCCUGUCAUCUCACUCUCUGGGUACAUAACUAUGACGGCGAUGAUUCAUGUCCUUCUGUCAAAUCGUCACAAGAAACCUUCACAGGAGUGUACAUCCACCAGGCUACAGGGACGUCAUUCACAGGCCCGUGUAAAGUUGAUGUCGUCUUCCACAGUAAUCUGCCAAAAUCUUACACUGGUAUAUGUUUCACAGCUACGUCCACCAAACAUGACGUGUUUGGAGGUGAUGGGGAAGUGAGAUGCUAUGACGUCAACCUCGUAAACGCGUUGUCAGUUGUUGGUUCCUGUGCCUCUACGUUGUGCCAGAAUGGAGGUUUUUGUGACGGUCACCGAGCCACACCAAAAUGUGCCUGCCUUAGUGGUUAUUCUGGACCCCUUUGUAGUCAAUCACAUGGUGAAUCAUUGACUCUUCCGGGGGUAAUACAGAGUACUUUCGGAGACCUUGCCAUUCCAAAAGAGAUAAAGUGUCCCCUGAACCAGGAGUGUGAAGUACCAUUCACCUUCACACGGCCGGGAGGAGGCACCACACCACUACCUUCCUUGCAGCUGGGACACGUGGACAGCGAUCUAACUGCAACUCCCCCUACAGUGUCUACAGAUCCAAACACUCCGGCAGGGACGUACCAAGGCAAACUGAAGGUCGUAGGCAGUACGUCUGGAAAAAAGAAAGUCUGCGUUCAUACAUGUACUCCGACUAGUUCUCCGGAUGUUGUAGGGGAUGAGAUUUGCUUUGAUGUUGAUAUCACUAACCCAGCAUCCAGUUCAACUGCUCCUAAUACGAACCAACCACAUUUCAUCGAGCCUACGGUCCAACCUGAUUCAACUCUACAAUGUGAGCCAGGGAAGACAUGUCACGUGAUAAUGCAAAUGUCUCCCGGGAUUAACCAUGGAUGUCCUUCCGUGGCUCAGACUCAGGGUCCAUCUGAUGACCUUCACGUGUUCCAUUCUGACUCCAGUAGCGUAAUCGGAUCCUGUGCUGUCGAUGUUACUCUCACACCUCCGGCCAGUAAACACGGCACAGACACACUCUGCUUUGAAACAUCACUGCCAUACAUUCCUGGGGAAAGUCGAUGUUUCAAAGUGGAGUAUUCACACAUAGUUUCCGGACCGUGUCAUGGAGUGGCUUGUCAGCACGGCGGUGUGUGUGGAGCUAAUGGACAGUGUGUUUGUCCUAUUGAUUACAGUGGGUCAAGCUGUCAGAAUGCUGGAAACCAAGGCCCGGCUCACACAAGUACGACACCAAAGUUUACAGAUAUGGCUUUACCCACUUACGUAAAAUGUGAAUUAAAUAAAGAAUGUGCCAUUCCCUUAAUGGUAAAUGGAGCCGCAAAUACACUGUAAGUGAUGCUUAAAAUAACCAAUUAGCGUAAAUACGUGUGAAUAAUUUUAUCUUGGGUUCGUACAUAUAUAGCUGAUUACUAAAUUAUUCGAAAAAUAACCAUUUACGAGAUCCCAGGAUUCCAGUUUGCGCGCUAAGCAAUUUGAUAAGUUCAAUGUUCAAAGACAUAUGUGCCACUUCACUCAGUUGCAUAUAAAAUACAAUGAAAAAGAAAAUAAGCUUUACACUUACGCUUCAAGGCGAUUCUCACGUACCUUUACAAUAAAUACACUUUGUAUAAUGUUUUAUUCUUGAUAGAUUCAAGGUUACCAACACAUAUUUCGAAGAUAAUGUUACAUUGGUAGAGAGACUAAAUGCAUAUUUAUCAACAGCUGAAGAUCAAUGAAUAUCGAACUAUUUCGAUAUGACAUUUAAUCAUGUCCCAUUGUAUACAUAUAUUAUUGUCCAUAUGUACAGACCAGUCUACUCUGACCACAAUCAAUACAGAUUGUGAUGUCCCAUUUCGGCAAUAGCAGUAGAUAUGACAAUGCAAAUAUAUAAUGCUACUUAGGCCUUUCAUAUACAGAAUACAUGUAUAAAACAUUUUUCAUGGCACUAAUGUUUUUAUUCAUUAUAAAAUAAAAUCAAUUUCGUUAUCAACAACAAAUAGCAUAUCACAGAAAAAUGUGUCUAUUAAUGUUUUCAACAUUAUAACAUAACGGCAAACUUUGAACAUUUUGUUCCAUGUCACCUUAACAAGCAUUUUAUCUUUUAAAAAUAUAACAAAUAUACUAUUGAUAAAAUAAAGUAAAUUUUGAAGUAAUUUUCGCCUAGUUUCACACCAUGGUAGAUGCGAUUAAAUUAUAUUUAAGCAAUAAAAUAAAUAUUAAUUUAAUAUAAAUAUUAAAUAAAUCAAUGUGGAAAUGGCCUGACAAUCGUUGCACAUUUUGCAUGGAAUGUCAAUCAAUAAAUGAUGAGAUAAUUUAAUCCAUGGCCUUAUUUCAUAUUGAUUAAUCAGGUUUUUGAUUUGGCAAAUUAACAUUACUGAUAAAAA